UGUCCUCAAACCCUACAAUCGCUCUUCCCUCCCUCUCCUACCUUCCCAAUCACACGCAAGGUCGCAAAGCGAGACUGGGUUGGUGGUAGCGGGGCUCAUACCUAGACCGGUACACGGUGGAGCUAUACUUGGCGGCUGGAGAGAAGGAGAAAAGCAAGCGGGGUGUCGGAAGGAAGAGAUGCUCAGAUCGGACGAAGAAGACGAAGCCCUGGCUGGCUGACUGGCGCUUCAACCCACUCGAGGGUUGGUUCCAUGCCGGCGAGAGGGAAGAAGAAGGAGAAGCAGGUUCAUUCAUCCAAAUGCUUUCUUUGGCGAUCAUCAGGGGGUUCAAGUUUGCUGCGGUUUCCACUGAUGCCAUUGUGUUUUCCGUCGCAGCCGUCUCUUAGUCUCUUUUGUUGAUCGCGGUGUUGGUCUUCCCUCCAACCGAUCGCUUGAUCAGUAGCUGAUUAACAGAGACUACGAUGGCCGCAACAGCGAUGAUCCGAUCUUCUGCUGCUCUCGGCAGCUCCUCCCUAAGGGCGUCGUCCACUAGCAGGGGACACGUCUCAGUCUCCACCUCAGGGGUAUGUGCCCAAAAGAAGAAUGUGAGCUUCUCCGCCGAAGACUCUUUCGCAGGAUCCGUCAAGAGUUUGAGGGUGGCUGCAUCUCCCGUUUCCAGGUCGAUUAGCAGGUCUUUCACAGUGAGAGCGACUGCUACCGAAUUUCCCGUGAGAACAACAAAGUCGGGAAGCCAAGAGAAGAUUCGAAUUGGAAUCAAUGGGUGUGGGAGGAUUGGAAGACUUGUUCUCCGUGUCAUCCUCGCCAGGGACGAUGUCGAAGUUGUUGCCGUAAACGACCCCUUCAUUGACACCAAGUACAUGGCAUAUUUGUUGAAGUACGACUCUACCCAUGGGCUCCUCAAGUCCGAGGUGAAUGCUGUAGACGACAAUACUUUGCAAGUUGGCUCUCAAACCAUCAAGGUCUUCGGAUGCAGGGACCCUGCUGAAAUCCCAUGGGGAUCAGUUGGAGCCGACUUCGUGGUAGAGUCUACCGGUGUCUUCACUGCCGUUGACAAAGCCUCUGCUCACUUCAAGGGUGGUGCCAAGAAGGUGGUGAUCUCCGCACCUUCUGGCGAUGCGCCCAUGUUCGUGAUGGGUGUGAACCAGCAGUCGUACAAGGACAGCAUGAACGUGGUGUCCAACGCCAGUUGCACUACCAACUGUCUUGCACCUCUUGCAAAGGUGAUCCAGGACAACUUCGGCAUUGAGGAAGGGCUCAUGACCACUGUGCAUGCCACCACUGCCACCCAGAAGACUGUGGACGGCCCGUCUGGUAAGGACUGGCGUGGAGGACGUGGUGCUGGACAGAACAUCAUUCCUAGCUCAACUGGAGCUGCAAAGGCCGUGGGCAAGGUGCUGCCAGAGCUGAAUGGGAAGCUCACCGGUAUGGCUUUCCGUGUCCCGACUCCCAAUGUGUCUGUGGUGGAUCUGACUGUGCGUCUCCAAAAGAGCGGCUCAUACGAGGACAUCAAGGCAGCCAUCAAGGCCGCUUCUGAGGGGCCGAUGUACGGCAUCUUGGGUUACACUGAGGACGAUGUUGUGUCCAAUGAUUUCGUUGGUGAUGCGAGGUCGAGCAUCUUCGAUGCUAAGGCAGGAAUUGCCUUGAGCGACAAGUUCGUGAAGUUGGUGUCGUGGUAUGACAACGAGUGGGGCUACAGUAACCGAGUUGUGGACUUGAUCUUGCACAUGGCUGGAGUAAAAGCCAACCUCUACUAGGGAUUGAAGCAGUCUGCACGCGGCUAACAUGGGAAGCCUUUACACGUUUAUGCAAAGAGGGCAGAAAUUCAUACUGAACACACCGAAAUCAGCCUGCGGUAGAUUCCUAUCUUUGAACACUAGGAAAGAAGUGGGGUCAAAAAUAGCUAGGGAUGAUCACUGCUUCUCAAAAUGGUUUUUGAGGUAGGAAUAUUAAGGAUACGUACGUUGGUAUGUAAACGUGCUACAAAUUUUAAAGAGGCGAGUCUUCAUUAUGGAUACAGGCUACGGACUCAUCACAGACUGUGCCUUUCACCUGUACGGGCAGUCACUGGCUUCCAAUUAGUAAUGAAGAUGCACCAUUUUCACAAAAAUAA